CUCAACCUUACACACCACACACAAAAAAGCCCUAAAUGAACACAUGUGGCCCUCGGAGGUCCUUCACUCAUGAGUUAGGUUCUAGUAAAGGACGUGACGUAUCAACUUUAUAAGAUUCCAAAUCCGAAGUUCCAAAUUCUGAGUUUUGGUUGGUGUCUCCUCAUUGACUCGCAUAGCUCACUCUCGGAAUCUAUCACCCGUCGUUUCGAUUGAUGGUUGCAGCGUCGUUGUACGGAGGAGCAACAGCGGCUGGUUGUGCAGUCCUUUUGCUUCACCUGGUUAAUUUUUUCACUUUCUAUCUUCUUGUGGAAGGGCAGGCAAGCGUGCCAAAACAAAUGUGAACCUAAGUUUGAGACAGAGGAAGUGAUUUGUAGGAUAAAGGGUCAAUAGUUGUGUGGUGCAAUCAGUGUUUGAAAUUGCGGCGCGCCUCCUCAAUUUCCAGGAAUGUUGCGAUUAAAGGCGAACCUUAUUUUACGCCAUAAGAAGGCUUACGCAUUUUGGGGCUGACGCGUACAAUAUAAGAGAUUUAGAAGCACUCCCAUGGCUGAUCUAAAAGAACGGCUGCUUCCUACAAAAUAUGCACCAUCAGUUGCAAACACAAGAGAGGCAUCUUAUAGGUCAUCAGCUUCUGGUCGUCAACCAUUCCAAGGUCUGGACGUCCCAGGCCUUAAAAAGCGUGGCCAGGGAGUUCGGUCUUGGAUCCGUGUAGAAGUUUCUGGAAACUCCCAAGUCAUUGAGGUUGACAAGUUCACAAUGAUGCGCCGCUGUGAUCUCCCGGCACGUGAUCUUCGGCUACUUGACCCAUUAUUUGUGUACCCUUCAACGAUUCUUGGAAGAGAGAGGGCCAUUGUUGUUAACCUUGAGCAGAUUAGGUGUAUUAUUACGGCAGAUGAGGUUCUACUUUUGAACUCUCUUGACAGUUAUGUUCUUCAGUAUGUGGUGGAGUUGCAGAGGCGGUUGCAGUCUGGUGGGGUUGGUGAGGUUUGGCAACCGGAAGGUCCUCAGUUGAGCCGAAGGAGAGGAAGUAGUAGGAAUCUUGAGAGUAUAUUUGGGAACUCAUCACCUGAUUAUUUACCUUUUGAGUUCCGCGCUCUUGAAGUUGCUCUUGAAUCCGCUUGCACUUUUCUUGAUUCUCAGGCGGCAGAGCUAGAAAUUGAAGCAUACCCUUUGUUGGAUGAACUUACAUCAAAGAUAAGCACAUUGAAUCUGGAGCGUGUUCGUCGUUUGAAAAGUAGACUUGUUGCCUUGACGCGUCGUGUUCAAAAGGUUAGGGAUGAGAUAGAGCAACUUAUGGAUGAUGACGGUGACAUGGCUGAAAUGUAUCUUACUGAGAAGAAACAACGGAUGGAAUCAUCAUUGGUUUACGGUGAUCAAUCUUUGAUUGGGUAUAGAUCAACUGACGGUGUGAUGUCUGUUUCCGCUCCGGUUUCUCCGGUUUCUUCUCCUCCAGAUAGCAACAGGAAGCUUGAGAAGAGUUUGAGCAUAGCCAGAAGCCGGCACGAGAGCAUGAGAAGUUCAGAGAGUGUUGUAGAGGCACAAAGUAUAGAGGAGCUUGAGAUGCUGUUAGAAGCUUAUUUUGUUGUCAUUGAUAGCACCCUCAACAAGUUAACUUCGCUCAAGGAGUAUAUUGAUGAUACAGAAGAUUUCAUCAACAUUCAGCUGGUAUGUAUCUUCAACAUAUGAUCAUAACACACAAAAAAUCACCUGAAGGUGUGGUGUGGUGCAAUGAGAUUUGAAGCUUUAAGGUGGUGUAGCUGUAAAAGAACAAUAGGAAAUAUUACUACCAGAGACAAUGUGCGGAACCAACUUAUACAGUUUGAGCUGAUACUAACCACUGCAACAUUCGUAGUUGCAAUCUUUGGUGUGGUUGCGGGUAUAUUUGGAAUGAAUUUUGAGAUCCCGAUGUUCCAAUACGACAAUGCGUUUAAAUGGGUGCUUAUAAUCACCGGGGUUUGUGGACUCGUGAUUUUCCUCUCCUUUCUGUGGUAUUUUAAGUACAGAAGAUUGAUGCCACUAUAGAUAGCAGAGAUUUGAAAGAAUUGGG